AUGACGCGUGACCCCGUGGUCGACUAUGGUGAUCUUUCCGUUAAUGAACUCAUUCAAUACACAAUCGAGAGGAACAAAGAUCCUCUCAUUGAGAGAGUGAAAAACAAAAUUUCCCGUUACAACGUUACUGUAUACUGUCCGCUGCUGUUGGAACCAGAUGAAGAUUGGUUAGCCUACAGUCAAGUCAUUACAUACGACAUGUGUGUCAUUGCACACAAUGUCCACCUGCGUUCCCAUGCUGGAUUUUUGACGCAGACACCUUUUCAGUGUCUUGCGUUUUUGCAAUUGCAACACCAAGGAUGCCAAAGAAGGACGGUGCUUGCAAUGCACACUUGUUUGAACGGAUUCGACUAAAAAUAUCCGAGCAACACUCCUAUAUAUUCCUCCUUGUCCAUCCUUGUUCUUAUAAGCUUAUUAGCUACCAUCAUACAUAGAAAGUUUAAUUGAUAAGUGACAAAUCAGAUGUAAAAGCUAAAAAUUGUUUCACCUCCUUGUCGAUAGUGCUUGUGUGUAUGGCUAAAAUUUAUUAGAAACGGCUAUGUGUUACCAAAACCCUGGAAAUGCUUGAGGUUUUUAUGUUCUCCAAAGAUUUGGAAUCGUACCC